UAUUGAUUCUAGUAAUCAUAACACAAAUCUUCUUUAAUUCCUCUACAACAUCUGCAAAGAUCUCUAAAUAAUAAUGAGAGUUUUUGUCGUAUUUUUUGCCGUAGUGGCAGCCGCUUCAGCAGCUUCCAUAGCUGUUGAAUAUUUACCACCGGUGGCUGAUAAUAGCCUACCCAGCCAGGAGUAUAUCCCACCCGUCGAGACUAUCGAAGAAGCUGCCACCUUAGCCGAUGAUGGUUAUCGUUAUAAAACUGUACGCAAGUUAAAAUUGAGAUCUCGUCGUGAUGUUAGCGAACUUCCAUCCAGUGAAUAUUUGCCUCCCCCCGUUGAGGCUCAACCAGAAGUUGCCGUAGAACCUGUCCCCGAAGUCAUCUCUAUUGAAGCCCCCGAAGAAAAAACUGAAUUGGCUGAAGAUGGUUACCGUUACAAGACCGUUCGUCGCUUGAAAUACCGUAAGCGUCGUGAUGUCAACGAAUUGCCUGCCAACGAAUACUUGCCUCCUACUGAAGCUGCCCAAGAAGAAGCUGUUGUUGCUGAACCUGUAGAAGAAGCCGUCCCUGAAGAGAAAACUGAAUUGGCUGAGGAUGGUUACCGUUACAAGACUGUACGUCGCCUGAAAUAUCGUCAUCGUCGUGAUGUCAAUGAAUUGCCCUCUAGCCAAUACUUACCUCCCACUGAAGUUGUUCAAGAAGAAGUACCUGUUAAUGAACCUGUUGUUGAGGAAGUUGCUGUUGUUGAAUCAGUCCCAGAAGAGAAAACAGAAUUGGCCGAAGAUGGUUACCGUUAUAAGACCGUACGUCGCUUGAAAUACCGUAAACGCCGUGAUGUUAACGAAUUGCCUGCUAGCCAAUACUUGCCCCCCACUGAAGUUGCUCAAGAAGAAGUAGUCGUUGCUGAACCCGUUGUGGAAGAAGUAGGUGCUGUUGAAGCCGCUCCUGAAGAGAAAACUGAAUUGGCUGAAGAUGGUUACCGUUAUAAGACUGUACGUCGCUUGAAAUACCGUAAACGCCGUGAUGUUAACGAAUUGCCCGCCAGCCAAUACUUACCUUCUACUGAAGUUGCCCAAGAAGAAGUUGUUGUUGCUGAACCAGUUGUUGAAGAAGUUGCUAUAGUAGAAGCUACCCCUGAAGUAAAAACUGAAUUGGCUAAAGAUGGUUACCGUUACAAGACCGUACGUCGCUUGAAAUACCGUCAUCGUCGUGAUGUUAACGAAUUGCCUGCUAGCCAAUACUUGCCCCCCACUAAAGUUGCUCAAGAAGAAGUAGUCGUAGCUGAACCCAUUGUGGAAGAAGUAGCUGCUGUUGAAGCAGCUCCUGAAGAGAAAACUGAAUUGGCCGAAGAUGGUUACCGUUAUAAGACUGUACGUCGCUUGAAAUACCGUCAUCGUCGUGAUGUUAACGAAUUGCCUGCUAGCCAAUACUUGCCUCCCACUGAAGUUUCUCAAGAAGAAGUAGUUGUUUCUGAACCCGUUGUGGAAGAAGUAGCUGCUGUUGAAGCCGCUCCUGAGGAGAAAACUGAAUUGGCUGAAGAUGGUUACCGUUAUAAGACCGUACGUCGCUUGAAGUACCGUCAUCGUCGUGAUGUCAAUGAAUUGCCCGCUAGCCAAUACUUGCCCCCCACUGAAGUUGCUCAAGAAGAAGUUGUUGUUGCUGAACCAGUUGUUGAGGAAGUUGCUGUUGUAGAAGCUACCCCUGAAGAAAAAACCGAAUUGGCUGAAGAUGGUUAUCGUUAUAAGACCGUACGUCGCUUGAAAUACCGCCAACGUCGUGAUGUUAACGAAUUGCCCGCUAGCCAAUACUUGCCUCCCACUGAAGUUUCUCAAGAAGAAGUAAUUGUUUCUGAACCCGUUGUGGAAGAAGUAGCUGCUGUUGAAGCCGCUCCUGAGGGGAAAACUGAAUUGGCUGAAGAUGGUUACCGUUAUAAGACCGUACGUCGCUUGAAGUACCGUCAUCGUCGUGAUGUCAAUGAAUUGCCUGCUAGCCAAUACUUGCCCCCCACUGAAGUUGCUCAAGAAGAAGUAGUUGUUGCUGAACCCGUUGUGGAAGAAGUAGCUGCUGUUGAAGCCGCUCCUGAAGAGAAAACCGAAUUGGCCGAAGAUGGUUACCGUUACAAGACUGUACGUCGCUUGAAAUACCGUCACCGUCGUAAUGUUAAUGAAUUGCCCGCCAACGAAUACUUGCCCCCUACAGAAGUUGCUCAAGAAAUUGUUGCUGAACCCGUUGUCGAGGAAGUAACAGCUGUUGAAGCCGCUCCUGAGGAUAAAACUGAAUUAGCUGAAGAUGGUUACCGUUACAAGACCGUACGUCGCUUGAAAUACCGUUACCGUAACUAAAUAAUCAGUAUUUAAGUAUAUUAGCUUUAAGGUAAAACUUACUUUUAAAAGUUCCCGCUUUUAAAAUUAAGUUUUUUUAGUAACUAAUUCUAAAGCUUUCAUAAGAGAGCUUUCACAAAUUACUGUU